AUGGCGGAAAAAGAGAUGAAACCAGCUGAUGACAAGCAGGCAAUAAAGACGACUUAUGCCUUUGACGACAUCAUCUGCGCCGUUGGUGAACUGGGGAUCUGGCAGAGAGUCAUGUUUUUCAUGGUGCCGCUGAUCGGGGUGAUCCACGGCAUGAACUCCUUGGCCCAGGUGUUCAUGGCCGGGGAGGCCGACCACUGGUGCCGCGUGGCACACUGGGACCAGGCCAACUGCACCGCUACGGGCCUGCCGGACGACUGGGGAUGUCUCCUGGAGAAGCGUGACGCGUCGAUCCCGUACAAUGCCACCAAGAAGGUCUUUGACAGCUGCGAGAUGUACAACGUGACCGGUGUGGUAUUCACCCCUGGAUUGAGGCCGUCCGACUUUGACAAUACCAGCAGAGUUAGGUGCAGGGACGCCGAUGGUUGGAUCUAUGACACCCGACAGUACAAGAAAACCAUCCGAAAUGAGUUUGAUCUUGUGUGCGACCAAAGCGAUACCGUCAGCUUCCUGCAGUCGAUUUACUUUGCUGGGUUUCUGGCCGGCUCGUUAGUCGUUGGCUCGCUGGCAGAUUGGAUUGGCCGCAAGACAGCGAUAUACAUAUCAUCAACGGUGCUCCUGCUUGCCUGUGUCGGCAACGUCUUCUCACCGAAUGCGCUGGUGUACACGAUACUGAGGUUCUUCAUCGGAGUUGGCGGGAUGGGGGCGUUCCUCAUCUCAUUUGUGCACAUCACCGAGUUUGUGGGCCCGAACAGGCGGGUGUUGGUCGGCAUUGCCAUGCACGGAUUCUUCGCCGCUGGUCUCCUCCUCCUCUCGCUGUUUGCUUACCUCAUUCGUGACUGGCGUUACCUCCAGCUUGCCAUAGGGGCUCCUGCCAUCUUGUAUUUCCUCCUGUUCUUUUUCAUACCGGAGUCGGCCCGCUGGCAGAUGUCCAAAGGGAAGUACAGACAGGCCGAGAAGACGCUACGGAAGAUAGCGGCGGCAAACAAGAAGGAAUUCCCCGAAGAGAUGUUCUCUCCCGAAAUCGUCAGCGCAGCCAAGGAAAACAAGGUGGGACAAUUGACGUUUGUUGCACUUUUCCGCACUCCCAACAUGGCCAUCAAAACAGUGAAUCUCAUCUUCUACUGGUUCGUUGUCAAUAUGGUUUACUAUGGUCUGGGGCUCAGUACGUCUGACCUGGGCGUGGAUGACUACGUUGCUGCGGCCAUCUCGGGCCUGAUAGAGUUCCCUGCCUACGGCUACUGCAUCUUCUCGUUGCAGUAUCUUGGCCGACGCAUGAACUUGAGCAGCAGCAUGCUUCUCGGAGGCGUGGCUUGCGUCGUCUCGGCUUUUCUUGAAGAGGGCGUGGCACGGACCGCUGUCGCCAUGGUUGGCAAGUUUGGUAUCACCGCUGCUUUUGCCAUCAUUUACCAAGUGUCCCUAGAACUCUUUCCUACGCCUGUCAGGAGCGCCGGUAUGGGAGUGUGUUCCAUGUCCUCCCGUAUCUCCGGCAUCAUCGCCCCGUUCGUGGUGCAGCUGCGCUCGGUCUGGGACCAGUUUCCAUUUGUGUUGUUUGGCGCCUUGUCGAUCACAGCCGGCCUGUUGUCUUUGCUGCUCCCGGAGACAACCAAUAAGAAGCUCCCAGAGACUAUGGAAGAAGGGGAGGCCUUCGGAAAGCCGAAGUGUUUGGGAGGCGGCGAUCAGAGCGCUGAUGUUCUCAAAGUCGACGAUGGUAUGGUGGAGUUGGACUUGAAGCAACGGUUCGACAACACGUCAUUCGAGGACAAAGGCUGCCAGACGCACGAGUUCCAUUAA